AUGGUUGGCACUAGGAACACUUCUGGAUGUAGUCAGAAUGAAAAUCCAGAUGCUUUGGUUGCAGUAGCUACCCAGUUUUUCCAAUCGAUGGCUACUGGUCAGUAUGCCGCACCUAGGGCAUCGCAUGUUGGUUGUACGUUAGAGCAAUUUUCUCGUCAACACCCCCCGACCUUUGAUGGCAGGUCAAAUGCUAUGGAUGCGGAUAGUUGGAUCGAACGCUUGGAGCAAAUCUUUGAGGCGUUAUUUUGCACUGAUGAUCAAAAGGUGAUUUAUGCGGCAUAUAACCUAAUAGACCUAGCUAACAAUUGGUGGAAGUCAACUCGGACACUUUUACAGAAUGAACUAGGGGAAGGAGUCCCCAUUACUUGGGAGCGCUUUAAGGAGGUAUUCCUGGAUCGUUUCUUUCCACAGUCUUUACGAGAGUCUAGAGCACGUCAGUUUAUAGACCUCACACAGGGAACAAUGACUGUUGAGCAGGUAACAACCAAAUUCACGGAGUUGUCCCAUUAUGCCAAUUAUCUGAUUCCAGAUGAAGAAAAGAAAGCUAAGAAAUUUGAACGUGGUUUGGAUUGGCGAAUUAGAGAUCGAGUACGUGCCCUCAAGAUUAUAAUUUUUUCUGAACUGGUGAACCGAGCCACUAUUGUUGAAGAAGUUAUCCUGGAGAGUAUCAAGUAUAAUAAUCAGAAGAAGCGCCAGCAACAGUCACAACCGCUACAAUCUGCACCAAACAAGAAUAAGAGGCCUCACCGUGAUAGCUGUCCAGGGCUACAGCUAGGAGGACAUAUUUGUAACACCCCGCUCAUUCUUUCUGAUGUAAGCAAAUUCAACUGCGAGUCUCACUAUGCAUGCGAAAUUUCGAUGGCAUGUUUUUAA